AUGGUGGCAAAAGAGAUGCUGUUGCUACCAGAGAUGGUGGCAAAAGAGAUGCUGAUAGCUGAUAAUUUCUGUGUGUGUGAAGGAUGCAGUGUACCCCGUUGUCUACUGUAUGAAAUGUAUAUAGAAAACUGCGGUCAAAAUGUCAAGAAUCAAGUAAAUCCAGCCACCUUUGGAAAGCUUGUUCGGUUAGUUUUCCCAGGUCUGGGGACAAGAAGGCUGGGCACAAGAGGGAGUGCCAGGUAUCAUUAUGAUGGAAUAUAUGUCAAGAAGAGUUCUUCCUUUUAUGCACGUUAUUGCUCUCUUCUGUCUGAAAAAAAUUAUCACAGGCACGGUGUUCCACAGGAAAGGGACAGUUCUGCAUGCCAGCCAAGCACGUGUACGGGUGCUGGGAUUAGCCUCAUUGAAACGGGUGUGGAGAGAGGGUUUUUUUUUCACAAACUAAAUGUUGUAUGCUUCAGCCUAGUGCACUCUAUCCAGUUUGAGAUCAUUUGCAAACUAAACACAGAAGGAAUUGGUGGUUUUUUUAAAGGGUUUUUAUGUUGUGCAUUUCACCACAGUGGAGAUGCCUGCAGUUCUGGAGAUGCAGCUGGUUACAAGAGCAAUAGCCAAAAAACAGGAACAGAUUUGAACUGCUUCCCUUCUGUCAUUAAUUUGAAGAAUGAAGAAGACGGAUUUGAAUACUCUUUGCCUGAAUUUAGGAGACUCUAUUCUUGGGAGCAAGAGCUGGGGAAGAAACACCCCUAUGAAUUGGUUGCACUGCUUGCAGAUGAGUAUUGUAGCUAUUGUCAAGAUAUUUUACAGAAUGUGAGAAAGGAAGAGCUUGACAAGGUGGAAGACCGUAUCAUAUCAUUCUGGAAGUCUUUGCAGCCUGAAACAACAACACUUAUGUCAUUGCCAGAUGUGUGCCAGCUGUUCAAAUACUAUGAUAGGCAGCUAUUCAAGGAAAUGGAGAAUAUUCUACUUUAUGAUUUCCUGGAGGAUGUGUCUAUACAGUACUUGAAGUCAAUCAGAUUGUUCAGUAAAAAUGUUAAACUUUGGCUGCUUAAUGCUUUGGAAGAGUUUCCAUUGCUUCUCCGAAAGUCCAAAUUUAAAGAAGUUACAGUGUUUGUAAAAAGACUCAGAAGAAAGACAUAUCUUUCUAAUAUGGCCAAGACAAUGAGAAUAGUCUUGAACAACAACAGCAAAGUCACUGUUCUAAAAUCAGACUUGCAUGCUGUCAUCGAUCAGGGAUUUGUGGAUAUUCAUGGAAACCCCUUUCAAAAGAAGUUUAGGAAUCCGGAUGAACUGGAGCAUGACAUAGAACUCAAAUGCUUGAAUGACUUAAUAUCUUUGCUGGACACUUCCACAGAUAUUCGGAUUUUCCUGAACUGUAUGUCUUCAAAUCUUCAGGCUUUUGUAAUUCAGCCAAGCAAAAAUAAAGAGGAGUUUAAAAAACUGGCAGCUAAUUUCCAGCUGAGAUGGAAUUUCCUAUUAACUGGAGUAAGCAAAGCUAUGACACUCUGCCGUACAGUGAGUUUUGGAUCCUGGCAUUUGUUUAAUUUGCUACUCUUGGAAUACGUUGCUCACAUUUUCCAGUCCCACCUAGAGGAAGAGGGAGAUGAAAAUUUCUGUGUCAUAGAGCAAAAUGAUUCAACUGUUCUGUUGGUUCAUGAGCCCAACCAUCCUUUGGACAAUUUUGCAGAGCAGCAAUCUCAAACCAAAGCCCCACAGCCAACUCCCAUAACUUUGAUGCAGAGCCAGAGCGAUGUCAGUUUAAGCAACAUUUUUCAGAGUUCUGAGUUGUUUGGAGGACGCAGACACAGGCAGUAAGGUGAAACAAAACAUUAGCUUUACAGAAAAUUACAAUGAAUGCUAGGUUAUAAUUGGGGAAAACAGGGAGAGGUAUGGGGUUUGUUUUGGGUUUGCUAUGUGUGUGAAGCAGAAAAUGAAGUCUAGUUUUGCAUGGAGCUGCAUCCAAGGUCACCUAACCCCCAAGCCACAAAACAUCUUCCUCAUUGCCCUUCCACCUCAUGAUUCUUUUAUGGAGUUAUAUUUUCCUCCUCACCUACAUUUGCCUCACCACAGUUCCCUAGUUCUUGCACAAGUCCUUAGGUUUCCAGAGUACCGUCAGCUCUCCUUUAGUGCUGUGUA